CACGCAUCCAAGCAAAAUGCCCAAUUGGCUCAAAUUCUCCAGUCAAUUUUUUUUCUCUUAUUAUUUGUUUAACUCUAAAUUAUUAUCACUACAAAUGAUUAAAUAAUGAUGCCUAGUUGAGUUGAUUCAGUUGCAUGAGCUUCCUCUUUUUAUUCGCGACUCGAUUUAUUUGGCGGUUCCUGUUGCUCCCGGUGUUCUAGUUUCGGGAUAAAAGGGGUACCCAAUUCAAUUAUAACACAAUGAACUCUUCCUCCACCCAGGAGCUGGAAUCGAAAUGCAAUAGCAACGGCAUUCUUCCAGACAUCCAGAAACCAAAAGUCUACAAAAUCAGAUGGUUCAUUUUGGUACUUUUUGUUUUUUUUUCGGCUUCAAAUUCCUUGCAAUGGAUCCAGUAUUCGAUUAUUAGUCCAGUGAUAAAAGAGUAUUACGGAGUGACCAAUGAGUGGGUCAACUGGACGUCGUUGGUUUACAUGAUUUUGUAUAUUCCGUUUAUAUUUCCUGGAAGUUAUUUGUUGGAGAAAUUGGGACUUCGUCUUGCAGUAACAAUAGGGAUUUUAGGCACAUGUCUUGGAGCCUGGGUUAAAGUAGCUUCAGUUGAUCCAGAUCGGUUUUUGGUCGGUUUUGCCGGUCAAUGUCUAGUCGCUUUGUCUCAGGUUUUCGUCUUGUCGGUACCUGCCAGAUUGUCGGCCGUUUGGUUCGGGCCCGAUCAAGUUUCUUCGGCUUGUAGCAUCGGAGUGUUUGGAAAUCAGAUUGGUAUCGCUACAGGAUUCCUGAUACCGCCAAUGAUAGUAACUGGAGGUACGACAGAAGAAAUCACCCAACAGCUUUACAUUUUAUUUAUCGGAGUGGCUAUUCUUACAUCUGUUCUUCUAGUACUUAUUUUAAUUUUUUUCCGUAGUGGACCGCCUACUCCUCCAUCGUACGCCGCUCAACAACAAGCCGAAGAAGAUGUCAGUUUUACUCAAUCGCUCAAAAAUCUUUUUAAAAAUAAAAGUUUUAUGCUACUUUUGAUCGCUUACGGCAUCAACGUUGGCGUAUUUUACGCCAUUUCUACUUUACUAAGCGAAAUUAUUCUAAAAUUCUAUCAAGGUGCUGACAAAGAUGCUGGACGUAUUGGACUAGUCAUCACUGUAGCUGGCAUGGUUGGUUCAGUUUGCUGUGGAUACGUGCUGGAUCGAUUCCGGAAAUUCAAGGAAACCACCAUUGUCGUUUAUGCCCUGUCACUAGUUGGAAUGCUGGUUUUUACUUUUUGUCUGAGCAAAGGCCUAACCGUCGUUUAUUUGGUUUCUGGAUUUCUUGGUUUCUUCAUGACCGGUCUUCUACCAGUAGGCUUCGAACUGGGUUCUGAACUGACUUAUCCAGAACCCGAAGGCACCCAAGCCGGACUUUUAAACGCAGCUUCACAAGUCUUCGGCAUUACCUUUACAAAUUUAUACUCUACACUGUUCUACAAGGUAAACGAUACUUGGGCGAACUUAUCCAUGUCGAUCGCCUUGGCUGUAGGUUUGUUCCUGCUAAGUUGCGUUAGUUCGCACCUGAGACGACAAGCUGCGAUAGCAGCUUCGAAAUAAAAAAAUAAAGCUGUAUUGGGUUUUUUUUAUUUUGUGAUAAAAGGACAUUAUUUAAAGAAUCGAUUUUCUUUUCAUUAUUUAAAAAGCAUGUAUUUUGAAUCUCUGAUAAGCAAUAACAACUUUACAAAUAAAUGACAAAUAAUUUUGAUGAAAAACAAUAAUAAAGAUUUAUAUUUUAUAAAUAAAACCAAUUGAAAUUGAAACCUCAAUUAAUAUGUAUUGGAAUUUUAAAUCUUCCUGUGACAAUAAAUAUGUAUUUGUAGAUUUUAAUGUUCAAAUGUUCCAUUAUAGAAAUAGAAAAUGUUCAACUAGUCUUAGAUAUAAAAUAUAGGAAAAGUAAAUAAUAAUUAUUGUGCCAAAAACAAAACAAAAAAAGUAUAUAUCAUAAUUUUACAUAUCUUUUCUAUAAGUUUGUGAUCCAAAUUUACCACACAAAUGUGAUAAUAUAUAUUGUGCAAAAUUUUCCAAUAUUUAUAAUAUAAAAAAUACAUUCCACACAAAAUAAAUAAUUGACAAUAAUUUCCAGACAAUAUAAUAAUAAAAAUAAUAAUUAUGUAAUGUAGAUUAUAUUGGCUGUUUUAGGGCGAGUAUUAUAAAACUCUUUUGACAGAAUAACUAAAAGUUAACUUAAUGAUGUUACGUGUCAUAGUAGUUCCAAAAGUUAACUUUUUAGUCAAAAUAGUUUUAUUAUAUCCGCCCUUAGUAGUUUAUAGUAAUUAUUGUGAUUGUUACAAAAGUCAGAACUUUAUAAAAUAGGUACGUAUUGUUGUUACAUGUGUAAGGGCUAAAUUAUGGACUGACUGGUAAACGUCUGGUUGUUACCUAGCAGGUACUUUCUAUGCUGUAGAUAAUAGAAAAUACCUGCUAGGUAACAACCAGACACUUACCAGUUGGUCCAUAAUUUGACCCUUAUAAAAUUUUAUUAAUUAUAAACAUAAAUUAUUUAUGAAAUGUUUUUACAUAUCAAAAUAUCAUUUACAGUGUAAUUGAAUAAAUUAAUUUGACUGUUAAAUAA